GCGCGCUUGAGGGUAGAGAGCCACUAAAGUGCUAAGUUCUCCCAGCGACUCGGCCCGGUGCGUGCUCUCGCAGUCUCGGGGGGUUGUAAUAUCAGGUCGGGGUGGGGGGAAAGGUGGACCAGAAUAUAUCACCAAAAAUAAUAUGGCAGAAGACGCGAUCGUAGAUACGGAGGAGCUGAGGGAGCAGGACCGCUUCUUGCCUAUCGCCAACAUUUCCCGCAUCAUGAAGAAGUCGCUCCCCGACAACGCCAAAAUCGCCAAGGAUGCCAAGGAGACUGUGCAGGAGUGCGUGUCGGAGUUCAUCUGCUUCAUCACCUCUGAGGCCAGCGACAAGUGCAAGCAGGAGAAGCGCAAGACCAUCAACGGCGAGGACCUGCUUUGGGCCAUGAGCACGCUGGGCUUCGACAAGUACGUCGACCCGCUCAAGAUCUACCUCUCCAAAUACCGCGAAUCCGUGAAGUUGGAGAAGCCGGACCGGAAAGGCAAGAGGGACGACGCGAGCGAAGCCAUGGCAACCAGCGGGGGUUACUACGGGGCGCAGGGCGGGGCGGGCGGCGCGGCAGGAGGCGGGGGCGCGGGGCCCGCGGGGGCGGCAGGGUUCUAGUGGGAAACCAACCUGCUGGCCGCGAGUAUUUUUUUGGGGUAGUGAGAGCGGAGAUGUUGUCAUGUUGAGGCAGACAGAGGAUGGGGCGCUGUGUCCAGUCGAUCGAUAUCGCCUGCUUGGAAAGGGGUGUUCGGUGCAGAGGGAGUGAUCGGAUAUUUCCCGGGGUGUUUUUCGGUCGGAGAAAAAGUUGUAGAUAUGCUGACUUCUGGUUGGUUGCAUGCAACAAGCGCGUUGCAGCCGCUGCUGCUUGCAGUGUGUGAGUCCAGCAAGCUGUUGGGAUCCCCAGUGUUGGGGGGGAACAAGGCAUCCUCGCCGUAGCGUGUUAUGUCAACCUAUGGUAUCAUAUUCCUUACGAUACGGGUACUAGAACUCUGUGUUAAGAUUUCGAGGUUUGAGCAAAGCAAUCGUGUUUCCUACCAUUAGUUGAAAUGGCUAUUUAGCUGGUCUGCCAUAGAUACUGCUCCCGCGCCGUACGCAAGCGAAGAGUGCAUACGUGCCACGGAGGGAGAGAGCCGUUGCGACAGAAGGCGUUGCAAGAUUAGAGCCGAGGGCAGAACGGUCUGGUUCGUUGCGACUGGUCCCGCUCAAGAUAACUGUAGCUGUGGUCCGUUAUUGCGGCUCUGUCUCGCCGGAAAAACGAUAUCGGGGCAAGAGGCGCAAAAGUACGGUUGGGGCGACCAGCCAACAAGAUGUGUACACACAGAAAAUAAUCAAAAAUUGAGAGGUGUCUACUUUUGGAUUGUGGUAUUUGUAGCGUUUGGCGGCGUGUUGUACGUUCGUUAGCCGUGACGUGGGCAACAAGGCGGCGCAGUCCUUUUCCCUCUCUUGACCCUUGGCCGUACUGACUGCUGUUCAUAUAUCCGCGUGUGGCCUCCUACUAUGUGCCUCUCGCAUGCGGUUGUUUGUGGGUGAAGCGGAAAUUUCGAACUUCGCCGGCCGGGCUCGCGUAAUUUUGAGUUCGAAAUCUGGAGCUUGCUAAUAUAACUAUGUAGCUGCGGGUGAUCCGCGAUGAUGGUCCAAGGCGUAGGUGAAACGGUAGAGUGCUAUGAAGCUGCGCGGGUUAGCUGUGUCUGGCCGACUCUUUAUCGCCCCGUCCGGUGAGACAGAAGGACAACAACGGAGGACGCCGUUUGAGCGUUGUCCGUGCCCUUCUCGUUUUGGGUGGCCGACGCUAGCUGCCGCCGUCUGUUUCGCAGUCAGUCUUGGCAGCCCAUGCGUACACCAACGAGAACCGUUUUCUGCUGUUGACGUAUUUUGGGUGUUAUGUAUCGAUGCUUGACAUUCCAAGGAUAGCAUCAUCAUGACCGGAGGAGGAUUGGCGAGGCUCACGAGACUACAAUAACAUUUCCUUGUCAAUU